AUGAGGACAGGUGGCUUACAGCGGAUGAAACUUACACUGGUGUACAGUGGGUUAUUGGCAUGGUCACCUUCUAGUAUCCACACACUACGUAUGCAGUUCUUCGAGUCUAGGUUUGGCAACUGCAACGAGGUACAUACCAAGGCUCUAUUCAGUUUAGCUAUCCAACUGCAAGUAGAUUCUCUAUCAAGUGGCGCGGUAGUGCCACAUGCAAGUUUGAGUAGCAGACGGUGCAUGGCUACCGUGACAUCAAGUGGCGCGGUAGCGCCACAUGCAAGCUGCCAUGGACAUAAGCCUCAGCUUCAUCCAAAUGUAACCGAGUUGCAGAUAAAGGAAGGAGAAACCCUAAACAUUACAUGCAUAAGCACUGGCUAUGUCAACUUUCAUUUUCCCACAAACAAUUCGUGGGGUAGAACGACUUCUCGACCCGACAUUAUACCAGAAGGCAGGAGCACCGACAAGACAUUUAUAAGAUCAUCAACUGUUUUUGGAGAUACUGGCUGGUAUGGCUGUGCUGAUGAAAACAAACAAAUCACAAACUUGACAGACAAAAAUUACAACGAUCCGAAAGUUACUUGGAUGUACGUUUAUGUUAAAUAUUCUAAUAAUCCCUACAUUAGUCUGACAUCCGUUGAGAGAAAAGUAUCCAGAUUAUAUGGUGAAUCUGUAACUUUUUUGGCGAAUGUCACUGCAUGUCCAAAACCUUUUACGAAGUGGGUAGACAAUCAUGGUGUCAUUCCUAAUGUUUUAGAAUAUUCAGGAAGCUUAAUAUCAACAUCUUGCAACCAAACAACGUGUAGCUUACGCAUAGAUAAUAUUUCCAUUGUCAAUGAUGGAAUUUAUACUCUAACAGCUGAAAACAUGGGGGAAAAAAAGAAUAUAACGUUCAAUCUUGAAGUUAUUGGUAAGCCUAUCGUAAAGUUUGAUCCAAGUCAUAUUAAAAAAUACUACAGCUACAACGAGACCGCAACGUUUGUUUGCCUUGUUAAAAGUCACUUGGAAUAUAAUGUAUCGUGGAGUUAUAUCAGUCACCCAACAGAGUCUACACAUGUUGAUGAAUCAUCUAAACUACAGGAUAUCAAAAGAAAUGAGCAAAGCAACAGUGCUGAAAAUCAGUCAAUGGUUAUGUUAAGACCUCAAGCAGAGUCAACAAUAAAAUGCAUGGCUUGCAAUAGUUAUGGAUGUAACGAUAUAAAAUAUGACAUUCACAUCACAGACGGAAUUCCUAAUGAGGCUUAUGGAAUCAUAAAACCAAAAAUGAAACUUCGUGAAGGUCAAAACAUUUCUUUAGUAUGUACUGCUGUCAUUCGUGAAUUUUUCCAGGCAGUAUGGUAUGAUGAUAAAAACAAAAAAGUUGUAGAUUCUGAAAAAAUACACGUCACGUUCAAAAAAACUAAGUUCACUCACCGUGCUAUCUUGUCGAUUAAUAAUUUAAGUCGCUCAGAUGAAAAGGAUUAUUACUGUUUAUUUAGAGAUGCAUACAACUCGAACAAUAUCGAAAAAUAUUCUCUUAAUAUCAACGUUCCCGCUUACUUUGUUCAUGGAAAUAUUAAUGACGUUGCAAUAACUCGAUUUGCAAAAGACCCAGAAAAUCCUGUCUAUUUAUCAUGUCACUUCGAAGGCAUGCCAGCACCUACUAUUACGUGGUUCAAAGACAGUAUACCUUUAUCGUCAUCAAAACAGUUUAGUCUAGAGGAUAGAAAUCAAAAAUUAAUCAUACGGUAUCUUUUAGAACGUGACAGUGGAAAUCGAGAACUUCACUUUUGCAUGGGGAUGAUAGUAUGGCUUAUAACAAUUCUUAUAUCUCUUUUAAUGUACUUUUAUUUAAAAACUCAACAUGCGAAGUUUAAAGAAAAACAACUGUUAGAAGCUGGUUUCACGCAUUUCAAAGAAGGAGCAAUUGAUUUAAUGAACCCAGAUCUAACCAUAGACGAGCAGGCAGAACUUCUUCCUUACGACGUUCGAUGAGAGUUUCCUAUUGGAAAUUUAAGAGUAGAUAAUCAAAUUGGAAGCGGGGCUUUCGGAGUUGUGUAUAAAGCAGAAGCCUAUAGAAUUCUCCCUAAUGAGUCUAUUACAACUGUGGCUGUAAAAACGGUUCGCAAAAAUUCAAAUUCAAUGUACACUAGUGCGUUGGCAAAGGAGCUUAAAAUUAUGGUUUAUUUAGGACAACACUUAAAUCUCAUAAACCUUCUGGGUGCUUGCACCAAAAAUAUAGCCAAACGUGAAGUUACGGUAAUUGUCGAGCUUUGUAGAUUUGGAAAUCUCCAAAGCUAUCUUUUGCAUCAUCGAAAAAAGUUUAUUAAUCAAAUUGAACCAAAUACUGGUAAAAUCGACACUUCUAUAGGAAAAAAUUUAAGAAGAACAAGACACGAGAUCUAUGAAAAUUUAAAUUCAGCCUUGUCUAACAGCAAUCUAAGCGAUAAGUAUACCACUCACUAUUCAGAAGCUCAAAAGUUCAGUAGCUCAAUGGAAUCCAGUGAUUAUUUUAUUAAUGAUGACUUUGAGCCAGGCUGGCGUUCUAAUUAUGAAAGUGAUCAUAAAGACAAAGAUUCCGUGUUCCUCUACACUGAGGAUCUUUUGUUAUGGGCUUAUCAGGUGGCAAACGGCAUGAAGUUUCUUUCAGAAAGAAAGGUGUUGCACUGUGACUUGGCCUCGAGGAAUAUACUUCUGGCAGAGAACAACAUUGUCAAGAUCUGCGACUUUGGUUUAGCCAAGACUCUGUAUAAAGAUGAAAACUAUAAGAAGCAAUGCGAUGGAAAGAUACCCAUAAGGUGGAUGGCCAUUGAGUCCAUCAGAGACGGAGUCUUUUCCACUAUGUCAGAUGUGUGGUCAUUUGGUGUAGUACUCUGGGAAUUUUUCUCUCUUGCAGAAAUUCCUUACUCAGGUAUAGGGUUCGAGGUGAUGUAUCAGAAAUUAAUCAGGGGAUACAGAAUGGCUCAGCCAUCUUAUACCACUAAAGAAGUUUACGAUGUUAUGCUUGAUUGCUGGGAGGAAGAGCCGAUGUUAAGACCGUCUUUUACAUUGCUGGUCCAAAGCAUUGAAAAACUCUUACAAAAUGAUAUUAAAUUGCAUUUUCUAAGAUAUGUUAUCGAUGAGAACACAAAUGCUCAAAGUAAAAGUAAUGGAAAUGAGUCCAUAGUUACCAUAAGACCUCAAACGAAGUCAACAAUCAAAUGCACGGCUUGUAAUAGUUAUGGAUGCAACAGCAAUACACAUUAUAUUCAUGUUACAGACGGAGAUCCCAAUAAGGCUUAUGGAAUUAUACAGACGCAAACGAAGUUUCGCGAAGGUCAAAAUGUUUCUCUAGUAUGUGCUGCUAUCAAUUACAUGUAUUCCAAAGUCUACUGGCGUGAUGAUAAAAACAAGAAACUUGAAGAUUCUGAAAGAAUACACGUCAUGUUUGAAGAAACUAACCUAACUCAUCGUGCCAUUAUGUCUAUUAAUAAUGUCAGUCAUUCAGAUGAAAGGAAUUACUAUUGUGUAGCAAAAAAUUUGUGGUAUAAGGAAAUGGCAGAAAAUUAUAUUUUCUUCAAAUAA